CCGACCAAGCCCAUAAAGUACCUUAGCUAAACUCCGAGAUCGAACCAUUUCUGAACCCAUCAGCCAUCUCGUCCCACCACCUCGCACCGUCCCGAGCUCAGGAUGCGCACUACCUGUCUGCGACCCAAUUCGCCAUGGAGGUCGCCCUCAGACGCUCGACGGCUUUCGUAGCUCGCAGCAGCACUAGCAGCAGUAUGUUAUGGCCCUCUGCGGCGGCGGCCUUGCAUCUGUCGUCGCAUCAUCAUCAUCCGCACAAUGCAUCCCCGUCGCAGCAGCACUACCGCUUCUCGAGCCUCACGCGGCCGCCUCCAAACUACCCCGGCCAUGUCCCCCUUACGAGGCUCGAGCGGCUUGCCUUGACAGUCGGCUCAGGCCUGAUGUCGCUCCGGGAUCCGCGGCGAGGAGACCUGAUCGCCACGUUUGCCGAGGUGACGGCCACGCCGUACUUCAUCUACCGGCUGCGCGACGCGAUGCUGGGGUCCGCGACGGGGCGGCGGAUCCUGCGGGACCGGCCGCGCAUCACAUCGACAUCGCUGGACCUGCCGCGGCUGCGCGCGCUGCCGGGCAACACGCUGGGGCGGACGUACGUGGCGUGGCUGGACCGCGAGGGCGUGUCGCCCGACACGCGGUCGGCGGUGCGGUACAUUGACGACGAGGAGUGCGCGUACGUCAUGCAGCGGUACCGCGAGUGCCACGACUUCUACCACGCACUGACGGGCCUCCCCGUCGUGCGCGAGGGUGAGGUCGCUCUCAAGGCCUUCGAGUUCGCCAACACGCUGCUGCCCAUGACGGGCCUCAGCGUGUUCGCCGCCGCCACGCUCAAGAAGAGCGAGCGCCGCCGCUUCGCCACCACCUACCUGCCCUGGGCCGUGCGCAACGGCCUCCGCGCCGCCGAGGUCAUCAACGUCUACUGGGAGGAGGAGCUCGAGCGCGACGUCAAGGACCUGCGCCGCCAGCUCGGCGUCGAGCCGCCCCCGGACCUGCGCGCCAUCCGCCAGGCAGAGCGCGACGAGCGCAGGAGACAGAAGGCCGCAAGAGAGCCUUCUGCGUCGCAGCCAGGCGUGGUGUAGAUGUAGGCUUGGGACUGGGGCUCCAAUGCCGUUUUUGGAGGGGGCUCGUUGCUCUCACGCAAGUGGCAGGCAGCAAAGGCAAUAUCCGUUACUGCCUCUGCACAUGUAUUCUAGCUUCAGAAGACCAAGAGCUGUAAGAUACCCGGAAGAUAGACAACAGAAAAAUAGACACAGACUCCCGUCUCCCACGAAGAAAACGUUGCGGGAUAUCAUAUACCUGGGUUGCGAAAAGUGGGCAAGACAAAGAACAAAAAAGAAACCGCCCCGAAAGAAAUAAGAAACCCAGACCCUCACAGGUCAAACAAGUCGUCGUCGUCGUCGUCGUCC